AAAAUAUUUAAUUUCAAUGGUAUUCUUUUAUUGUUUAAAAAAUUACCGAUCAGUACAACAUAAAACGAUUAUUUAAGAUUAGUAUAACUUACCAGAAUUUUCAGAAAACACUAGAAAAUUUGAAUUAAAAUGGACGAUAAUUCAGAGAUUUUAUUAAAAAAGAUAUGCUGUACAUGUUUAAGUGAAGACCGAAAGUUAUUUCAAUUGUGUAGAGUUAAAAAUGGUAUAAACAACUUGUAUUGGUUGUUGUCAUCUGAUUCUGAAGCGUUUAGGGAAGGCUUCCACAGACACGGUGCAAGUUUGUACAUAUGCUGGGAGUGUAAUACUAUUAUGACAAGGAUAUGCAACUUCAGACAACAGGCUUGUGACGCACAGAGACAUCUGACAUGUCUAGUUGAAGGACAAUAUAUAAUUAAGAAACCAGGUUCGAAACCAAGACGCAAUAAAACUAUGAUGGACACACCUACAGAUUUUGGAUUUUUAUGCAUUGAAUGCAAUAAAUAUUUUGAAACUAAAAAAUCAAGAUGGAUUCAUGUACAACGAACACAUAGGGAAGGUUUUGAAUGCACAAUUUGCGGGAAGAGAUUUCCUUUCAAAAAUAAUUUAACAAGGCAUCAGAUUACACACACAACACCACAACCUCGCGUUGAAUGCACUAUAUGUCACAAACUUGUUCGCACGGAUCUGUCGCGAGCGCAUGCGCGUACGCACGCGCCCCGCGAUACUUACGCGUGUGCGCUUUGCGUUAAGACAUUCGCCAGUCAAGCUUCAUACGAACAUCAUCUUAAAUACACGAAAACUCAUGCUGUUAUUGAUAUAAACAAAUACAAAUGCUCGGUGUGCGACAAAGGUUAUAAAUCAAAAGGUGAGCUGAGAGAUCACAUCAACUAUCGGCACAUGGGCAAGACUCAACAUAAAUGUCCACAAUGUGGCAAGGCGUUGGCGACACGUCGCUGCGUGACGCGUCACGUACGACGCGCGCACGACGGCCUCAAAGAGAACGCACGUGACAAGAUGUGUCAACAAUGCGGCAAAGCAUUCAGAGAUAAAAAAGGUUUAAGAGAACAUGAACUUAUACAUACAGGGGAAAGACCUUUAUCUUGUGAGAUAUGUGGCUGUACGUUCAGACAGAACGCAUCGUUAUAUACACAUAGGAAGAGAGUACAUAAGAUAUAUAAUAAGAGAAGAAUUAUUGAAAUAAUGGAAAGUGAGAUUCCAAAUACGUAGUAGAGAAAGAGACAGAAAAUCGUAAGAGUGAAAGAUACGAAGUUAUUUUACGGUAAGCCAACAUACACAAGGCAAUCUAAUCCUUCGAAUCUAAAGUUUAAACUAAAAGUCUAGAUUUAAAAAUGUCAAUGCACAUAAGAAGUUUAAUUAAACUCAGAAACCUGC